AUGUCAAUAAAGAAACACAACAUCGAUCCAGACAACGAGAAAAAUGAUGACGAUGAUGACAAAGGCAAAAAUCAAAAUGACGACGCUGAAAAAUGUUCUCUUUGCACAGAUGAAUCUGAGACCAAAGACAAAACAAACUGGCUUCAGUGCAAUGCUUGUAAAGAAUGGUACCACACUGACUGCUUGAGUCUUUCCACUUCUGACGUUGAAAAAAUGUUAUCAUACCACUGUUUUAAAUGUGUACCCAAAUCUGGUCCAACUCUUUACAAGAGAUUGUCUUCAAGGAAGAAGCUCAAGAUUGAUUAUGUUGCUUUUAACCAGGGAGAACAAUCAUUUGUUAAUCAGCUUCAUCCUCAUAUUUCAAAACUUUUGGACUUCAAUGCCACCGAAGAUCAUCCCCAGAUCAAUCACCGUCCAUACUAUACAAUCGAUGGGGAGGAGUUAACUUAUGAAUUUUCGAUGAAAACUGCACUAGAUAAACCAGUGGUCGUAUUACAAAAAGACAAGACUCGUAUUCAAAACUUAAGCAUACCAGAUAAUCUAUCGAUUGAUGAUAUCUGUAAUUAUAUGGGAGAAGAUCAUCCUGUUGAGGUAAUGGAUUGCUUAACUCAAGAAAGUCUCAAAAAUUGGAAUUUAGGUUUAUGGAAAGAUUAUUAUCAGAAAUUUGAUGAAAAUACUGAUAAGAUCCGAAACGUGAUAAGUUUGGAGAUAUCCCACAAUUUAAAAUUGAAUGAAAUUAUCAAAAGACCAGAAUUUGUUACAGACUUGGAUAUUAUUGAUAAAACUUGGCCCACUAAUAACAAUCUGGAUGACUUAGAUAACUCUAAAAAUGAUUCAAACGAAUUGACUGAUUUAAGUGAAUUUAAUGUAAAGAGACCAAAAGUGUCCAAAUAUUGCUUAAUGAGUUUAAAAAAUUCCUACACUGACUUCCAUAUUGAUUUCGGUGGCACAUCUGUUUUUUAUAAUAUCGUAAAGGGAAAAAAAAUAUUUUUAAUGUUUCCACCAACUGAUGAAAAUUAUCGAUUAUAUAAAGAAUGGAGUUUAAAAGAUGAUCAGAAUAACAUUUUUUUUCCUGAUUAUAUUGAAGAAAAAAAAAGAAUUUAUCAUAAUCAUAAUCAUAACCAUAAUCAUAAUCUAAAUUAUUCCAAUCCAGGAAGUGGUUUUAAAGUUAUAUUAAAUGAAGGAGACUUUAUGAUAAUUCCCUCGGGUUGGAUUCAUGCUGUUUACACCCCAGAGAAAUCUUUCAUUAUUGGUGGUAACUUUUUAACUUUAUUUAAUUUAGAUCAAGAAAUUAAAGUAGAAGAAAUUGAAAACUUAACAAAAGUUCCUAAAAAAUUUCAAUUUCCAAACUUUAAAAUGACUUUAUGGUUAAUAUCGUAUUAUUAUUUAGAUAAUAUUAAUAAAAUUUUAAAACUAGAUGAAAGAGAAAAAAAAAUGUUAUUUACCUUAUAUGAUUAUCUCAAAAAUGAACUUCAAUUCAUUAAAAAUAAAUCAAUUCCUAACAGAAUUAAAAAAAUUAGUAAAGAAAACAUUCCCAGAAAACAGUCAGUCAGAAAGACAGACCCUACUUAA